UACAGCUCGCCUUAAUUACCGACAAACAGCGCCUUCGCUCUGCCGCUAAAUUUUCCCUCUCGCCGGAAUCGGAAGCUUUCCGGCCGCCGUUUAUUAUGUUGCUGUUGAGUUAGCUGAGUUUGUUCUUGUCUUUCUGUUAAUGGCAAUGUCGUCUCUGUCUAAGCGUUCGUCUCUCAGUCCGCCUCAGCCGGCCGGAGCGGCGAAUCACGAUCUCAAGCAACGAGUUAUUGCCUGUCUGAACAAGCUUGAGGAUCGCGAUACUCUUGCUAUGGCGGCGAAUGAGUUGGAAUCCAUUGCUAGGGCUCUUACUUGUGAGUCAUUCUCGCCGUUUCUCUCUUGCAUUCAUAAUACUGAUGCGUCGUCGAAAUCGCCGGUGAGGAAGCAGUGUGUGUACCUUCUCGGUCUUCUUUCUCAGUCUCAUGGAGAUGCGUUGUCUCCUUUUGUGUCGAAGAUGAUUUCCACUGUUGUUCGUCGCCUCCGUGAUUCGGAUUCUACAAUCCGAUCUGCUUGCAUUGACGCUACGGCUUUAAUGUCGUCGCAAAUUACGAAGCCGCCAUUCUCGGUUUUUCUCAAGCCGUUGAUGGAGACGCUCACACUCGAGCAGGAUGUCAAUUCGCAGAUUGGUUCCGCUCUGUGUCUAGCGGCUGCGGUUGAGGCUGCAUCUGACCCGGAUGUGACGCAGUUGCGGAAGAAUUUGCCUAGGUUAGGGAAAUUGGCGAAGAACGAGGGAUUUAAGGCGAAGGCUGCGUUGCUUGUGCUGAUUGGGAGUAUUAUUGCUGUUGGUGGUGCGAUGAAUCGGAGCGUAAUGGACUGGUUGGUGCCGUGCAUUGUUGAAUUCUUGAGUAAUGACGAUUGGGCUGUGAGGAAGGCUGCCGCAGAAACUCUCGGGAGAAUGGCCGUCGCUGAAAGGGAGUUAGCGGCCGAUUAUAAAACAUUGUGUAUCAGUUCCUUGGAUAGUCGGAGAUUUGAUAAGAUCAAGGUCGUUCGUGAGACAAUGAACCAAACUUUGGAGUUAUGGAAAGAUAUUCCUGAUGCUUCCAGAGACGUUUCAACUGAUAAUGGCAAUGGUGGAUGCUUUUCUCCCACUUCCACAUGCCACCCUGAACAUAGUUUAAGAACACCGUUGAAGAAAACAGUCCCCACUAGCAGGUCCUCUCCAUUGGAGGUAUCACGUGUGACUAAUAAUAAGAAGAUCAGUCCAAAGAACACAGAUAAGAAUUCAAGUACACCCACAUCUAAGUUGGAACGCCAGAAAUCUUCCAAUUGGAGUGUUGAAAUUACAGUAUCAAACUCCCCCUCUUCAAAACUUGGUUCUAAGAACAAUGCUGCUCCUGGGGGUGGUUCUGGAAACGUAGAUUUCGAAGAAAAUGGUACAAGAGGAAAUUCCCUUUUCAAUGCUAAACGAGUUCUUUAUAAUAACGUGCACGAUGAGAAAGUUAACAAGUCGAGCAAUUUGAGAUCUGGGUGUCGCGUUGUUCCAUUUGAGGAGUAUGAGAAUAUUCAGGAGCAUGAGAAUAGAGGCUCGGAUGUUACUGUUGGCAGCUCAAGUGAAGAAACUUUUGGAAGCCACAAAGAUUUUGAAGAUAUCUCCCUGGUCCGUGACCAACUUCGGCAGAUUGAGAACCAACAAUCUAGCCUUCUAAACCUUCUGCAGAGCUUUAUUGGGAGUUCUCAGAGCGGGAUGAAUUCAUUGGAGCAACGAGUACGUGGGCUCGAGAUGGCAUUAGAUGAAAUAUCUCACGACUUGGGUUUGUCGAGCGGAAGGGUACUGAAUAGUGGUUUUGCUGAGAACUCAUGUUGCAAGCUGCCAGGUGCAGAGUUCUUAAGUUCCAAGUUCUGGAGGAGAGCAGAAGGACGGUAUCCUAGCUCAAAGUUCUGUUCUAUGGCACAUGCCACAUCGCCUAAUGAUCUGCAUCAGACAUUUGAUAGAGGCUUCGUUCAAGAAUCAAUUAAGCAGAACAGCCAAAGAUUCCGGACACACACUAAGGGAGGAUUAGUUAUGAAUCCGCUGGCUGACGUUGAGAAUGAUCUUAGAGAGAACUUGGGACAGUAUCCAAAAAGAUUACUGAAGACUGUAAUCCAAGAGGAUGACAGUGUGCCUAUUUACAAAUAGCUGCAAACCUCGUCUGCAGAUUCUGAACUAAAAUUACCCGUUUCUGAAGGCUUUCCUCAAUCAGGGUGGUCCUGGAAAGGCGAAAGCGAUGAAUGACCGAGUUAUUAUGGACGGAUCUUGCGAAGUAUGACUUCUCAGACAUGGCAUUAACCUCAAGAUUGAAAAAAGGUCUUUUGGGGCUAUUUAUGAGCAUACAUGCAUGCUUCACGAAGGUCCUUUUCGAUUAUAAUGGGUGAUUGCCAGAGCCUGUCUUCUUUGCCACGUGAAACUGACAGAAACAGUAAGAUCCUUCUUACUAUUUACUCCGUCUUUUGUUUUUAAUCUGAGGCUGCUUCUUGUCACUUCUCUGUCUCACUCCUGGAAAAAAAGAGCUAAUGGUUUUGUUUGUAUUAACAUAAAAUCAAGCAUACCUCUGUUUUAGGUUGUUGAAUUACUAGCCCAAGCCAAAGAAUAAUGAGUCAAAAAUACCAAAAGGGGAAGAAUUUGGACAGCCUAGAACCAAAAGUAGGCCAGACCAUCUACCACCCACACCCAUAUAAUUAAUGGCCGGCCAUGCACCAUUGCUGAAAAGCUUGACAUUAUAAUCCCUUUUCACAUUAUCAAAUGGAGGAUGCCUAGAACCAAUAUAUGACUAUUUUUUUCUUUUUGUAAUUUAUGCUAAUAUUUAUUUCAUGUGUGAACAAGUAUGUGUUGAACGAUUUGAAUAAGUGAGGAAAAAAAAGCUGUGUAUUACAUGUUUCUUCCAAAUUCUUGUGAACAAUCAAUGUUAUUCAUUUCACUCUUGUGAUUGUGUAUAA